AAAGGCGGAGUCGCUAGGCGAAGGGGCCAGAUCUGUGAGCCCAGCGCUGACUGCGCCGCGGAGAAAGCCAGUGGGAACCCAGACCCAUAGGAGACCCGCGUCCCCGCUCGGCCUGGCCAGGCCCCGCGCUAUGGAGUUCCUCUGGGCCCCUCUCUUGGGUCUGUGCUGCAGUCUGGCCGCUGCUGAUCGCCACACCGUCUUCUGGAACAGUUCAAAUCCCAAGUUCCGGAAUGAGGACUACACCAUACAUGUGCAGCUGAAUGACUACGUGGACAUCAUCUGUCCGCACUAUGAGGAUCACUCUGUGGCAGACGCUGCCAUGGAGCAGUACAUACUGUACCUGGUGGAGCGUGAGGAGUACCAGCUGUGCCAGCCCCAGUCCAAGGACCAAGUCCGCUGGCAGUGCAACCGGCCCAGUGCCAAGCAUGGCCCGGAGAAACUGUCUGAGAAGUUCCAGCGCUUCACACCUUUCACCCUGGGCAAGGAGUUCAAAGAAGGACACAGCUACUACUACAUCUCCAAACCCAUCCACCAGCAUGAAGACCGCUGCUUGAGGUUGAAGGUGACUGUCAGUGGCAAAAUCACUCACAGUCCUCAGGCCCACGACAAUCCACAGGAGAAGAGACUUGCAGCAGAUGACCCAGAGGUGCGGGUUCUACAUAGCAUCGGUCACAGUGCUGCCCCACGCCUCUUCCCACUUGCCUGGACUGUGCUGCUCCUGCCACUUCUGCUGCUGCAAACCCCGUGAAGGUGUAUGCCACACCUGGCCUUAAAGAGGGACAGGCUGAAGAGAGGGACAGGCACUCCAAACCUGUCUUGGGGCCACUUUCAGAGCCCCCAGCCCUGGGAACCACUCCCACCACAGGCAUAAGCUGUCACCUAGCAGCCUCAAAACGGGUCAGUAUUAAGGGUUUCAACCAGAAGGAGGCCAACAAGCCCGGCAGUGCCAUCCCCACCUUCACCUUGGAGGGAUGGAGAAAGAAGUGGAGACAGUCCUUUCCCACCAUUCCUGCCUUUAAGCCAAAGAAACAAGCUGUGCAGACAUGGUCCUUUAAGGCACAGUGGGAGCUGAGCUGGAAGGGGCCACGUGGAUGGGCAAAGCUUGUCAAAGAUGCCCCCUCCAGGAGAGAGCCAGGAUGCCCAGAUGAACUGACUGAAGGAAAAGCAAGAAAACAGUUUCUUGCUUGGGAGCCAGGUACAGGAGAGGCAGCAUGCUUGGGCUGACCCAGCAUCUCCCAGCAAGACCUCAUUUGUGGAGCUGCCACAGAGAAGUUUGUAGCCAGGUACUGCAUUCUCUCCCAUCCUGGGGCAGCACUCCCCAGAGCUGUGCCAGCAGGGGGGCUGUGCCAACCUGUUCUUAGAGUGUAGCUGUAAGGGCAGUGCCCAUGUAUACAUUCUGCCUAGAGUGUAGCCUAAAGGGCAGGGCCCACGUGUACAGUAUCUGUAUAUAAGUUGCUGUGUGUCUGUCCUGAUUUCGACAACUGGAGUUUUUUUAUACAAUCUUCUUUGUCUCAAAAUAAAGCAAUGUGUUUUUUCGGA